AUGGCUGAGCCUCUUGAUGACAAGACAAAGCGUACGGUGCAGGAGAUUCCGCUAUUAACAACACGUGCAGGACCACGUGAUGGUGAAGAAUGGACAAGACGUUUAAAAGAAGAAUAUGUAUCGCUUAUUCAAUAUGUAAAAAUGAAUAAAGAAGCAGAUAAUGACUGGUUUACAAUUGAAAGUAACAAGGUUGGGACUCAAUGGAGAGGAAAGUGUUGGUCGUUUUACAAUGGAUUACGUUAUGAAUUUGAUCUUGAAUUCGACAUUCCAGCAACUUAUCCAGUGGCAAAUCCAGAACUUUGUAUUCCAGAACUUGAAGGCAAGACAUCAAAAAUGUAUCGAGGAGGAAAAAUCUGUCUUACAAUUCAUUUUGCACCACUUUGGCAAAGGAAUGUACCACGUUUUGGUAUUGCUCAUGCUCUUGCACUUGGGUUGGCCCCAUGGCUUGCUGCAGAAGUACCCGAUCUUGUCGAGCGUGGAGUUCUUACCCCAGUGUAA